AUGCAUGUGUCACAAGAUUCGAUGUGACGGAGAAUCUUGAAAUUUUUUGAAACUAAACAAGGCCUGGAUUUCCUCUUGCUAAUUGUGGUAUACUGUAGCACGCCAGCCGCAACUAAUCAAGGUCACGCUCCCCUCGAGCGGAGCGGAGCUAAGAGUCUCCUCCUCCCUCCUGUCGCUUCUGCCUGCCUGCCGGCUGCCGCCGCUGCCCUGCCCGGCUAUAAAGUCGCCUGCUCUGUUCACCACCCCUUUUUCUUCAGCACAGCAUCCGCCUGUGGUUUCAGAGCAGCAGUCCUGGUGCGGAAUUGAAUUCCGGUGGGAUUUGGGAGCGGAGAGGAGAGGAGAGGAGAGGGGGAGGGGAGGAGAAGGCGUGUGGUAGGCGGGGAUGGAGAUGCCGGGAGGGAACGGGGCCCCGUCGCUGGCGCGGCAGGGCUCGGUCUACUCGCUCACGUUCGACGAGUUCCAGAGCACGCUCGGCGCGGGCGCUACCAAGGACUUCGGCUCCAUGAACAUGGACGAGCUGCUGCGCAACAUCUGGACGGCCGAGGAGUCCAACGCCAUGGCCACGGCCGCUCCGACCACGGCGCCCGCCGCAUCCGUGGACGCGCACGCACGCGCGCAGCAGCAGCAGCAGACCGGGGCGCCCAUCCUGCGCCAGGGCUCCUUCACGCUGUCCCGCACGCUCAGCCAGAAGACGGUCGACGAGGUCUGGCGCGAGAUCGUGGGCUUCACCGGCGGGGAGGACGCGCAGCCUGUCGCGGCUCCCGCUCCCACUCCCGCGCCCGCGCCCGCACCGCUGCCGGCCCAGGCGCAGGCGCAGGCGCAGGCCCAGCGGCAGCAGACGCUGGGGUCCAUGACUCUGGAGGAGUUCCUGGUACGCGCCGGCGUGGUUCGGGAGGACAUGGGGCAGCAGACCCUCGUGCUGCAGCCGCACGCGCAGGGGCUUUUCUCCCAGGGCAAUGCGGUCGCGCCGCAGACCAUGCAGCUGGGGAACGGGAUGGUGGCCGGCGUCGUCGGGCAGGGGCUCGGAGGAGGGAUGACGGUGGCGGCGCCGACGACGCCGGUCGUGCUCAACGGGAUGGGGAAGGUGGAGGCGGGGGAUCUGUCGUCGCUGUCGCCGGUGCCGUAUCCCUUCGACACCGCGCUGAGGGUGAGGAAGGGGCCGACCGUCGAGAAGGUGGUGGAGAGGAGGCAGAGGCGCAUGAUCAAGAACAGGGAGUCGGCCGCCAGGUCGCGUGCGAGGAAGCAGGCAUACAUAAUGGAGCUGGAAGCUGAGGUGGCAAAACUCAAGGAUCAGAAUGACGAAUUGCAGAAAAAGCAGGUUGAAAUGCUAAAGAAGCAAAAGGAUGAGGUCCUGGAGCGAAUCAACAACCAACAUGGACCAAAGGCAAAGAAACUUUGCCUUCGCCGCACCCUGACUGGUCCAUGGUAGCCUGCUGAAGCUUGCACUGAAUUGACGCAAGUCAAGAUCGUCGGCUUAGAUGUGCCCGUGUGUAUAUAUCAGAUGAAGUCAAGGGUUCCCCCAUUACCCCCUGUAGACCGCAGCUGCUUCAGAGCUACCGUUCUCCUUGUUCUGUGACGUGGGUAGUCUGCGCCUGACAGUUUACCGUUUAGGUUCAGUUGCGCGAUCCUCAUAUGAACAAUGAGGCGUACCAUCUAAUCUGUUUAUUAACUUCCUCCUUAUCUACUGCCAUGGUGAGAUCAUGCAAGUAACUUAAUGUUGUUUCUAUGUUGUUGACAUAAUUUGAUAAUGAGAUACCAUCAGGUUAUAACUGAUAAGAGUGUUUAGUUGCUGACCUGCUUGUAACAA